CUCCAACUGCCCCACCAACUCUUUAGGGAGUUUUGUCCACUGGCAAUACCUACAAUCGCCCGAUCACAAUCAAGGGAUAAAAUAUAACGAGAACAAAAAAGAAAAGAAUAACGAAAUAAUCGCUACUACUUCCCCCCCCCACCGCAGUUUUGUGUAUCAUAAUAUGACCCCCAUGCAACCUACAACCCUCAACACCUCGGACCGACCCGACCACUCCUCGUCGUUCCAGAGCAGUAACUCCUCCUCCUUCUCCUCCUCAUCCCAUGCCCGCUGGCUCGCCCUCACGCACCGCGCCCCUUCCUCGCACUCCGCCUUCAUUUACGGCGUCAAGUCCACCAAGAUCUACUGCCGCCCGACCUGCGCGGCGCGGCUGGCGCGGCGAGCCAACGUCGAGUUCUUUGACACGGUCGAGCAGGCACGGGCCGCCGGCUUCCGGCCGUGCAAGCGCUGUCAACCGGACUGCGCGAGCUUCGUCGGGGAGAGGGAGGGCCUCGUAUCGCGGGUCAUCGCGCUCCUGCGCGUGCACCCGGGAGGCUUUUCCUCCCCCACCCCCUCCUCCUCCUCCGGCGCCCCGGAGAUGAAGCUCCGCCUGAAGGAUCUGGCGCAGGAGGCCGGGGUGACGCCUAGCUAUCUGUGCCGCGUGUUUAAGAGGACGAUGGGUAUCACGAUCGGGACGUAUAUGGCGGAGUUUGAGAAGGAGGGCUGCGACGCUGAGGUAGAGGGAGAGGGAGAGGGAGAGGGAGAGGGAGUGGCAGAGAUGGCGGUAGCGCUGCCGGCCGUCAGGUCGGACCAGAUAAACGUAGGAGCAGAGCCUGCUGUGUCGACUAUGAUACAAGAGGGAGGACUAAAGGAGAUGGGAGGACGAGGAGGAGGAGGAGGGGGAGGAAAAGGAGGAGGAGGAGGAGCAACACUCUCGCCUCCCACGGAAUGCCCAUGGAACGUCUUGCCGGAGGAAAACUUGCACGGAGUCGAUCCCACCCUUCCGACCUUUGAUCUUGAAGAAUGGUUUUCCUCCGCGGCGUUUUUGAAUUCGAACCUCUUUUUAGACGAUAGCGUUCUCGCAUAGGGGCCUUGAUGAUACAGUCCACAGGUAGUCGUUUCAGUGGUCAGGUCGCAGCAUAGCUGAG